AUGGAGGGGCCGAAAACCCUGGGCCCCUGCGGCCACUCCCACCCCCAGUGUCCCCCAGCUCCAGCCUCAAGCAACCACGGAGGAUGCCUGGAUCAGCCCUGCCAGGGAUUUGUAAGGUGGCCCUGCUUGGUCCCCCUCACCUCCGCUCACUCAGCCGACACUGAGAGGACUUUCCCAGCCUCGGGGACAGGGGGUGGGGGGCCCAGGGUUGGGGGUGAGGCACCCAGGAUCUUCCUCUCGAGCAAAGAGGGAGAGACGACACAACAGAGAGCGAGAGACCCAGCAGGGCAAAGACAAGGAGAGUCGGAGGCGGGGCUGGGGUGGAGCUGGUCUCUGCAUACAGGGCAAGAGCAGGUUGUGCCCAGGCAGGGGGGGUGCCCAUCCCUGCCACUAGGGGGAGGGGCCCCAGCCUCGCCCAGGGCAGCCCCCCCGCAGCUUCAGUGUGGGCCACUGGGGUCUGCAGAACAGUCCUUUCUUCAGCUGGAGCAGGAGAACCACAGCCUGAAAAGGCAGAACCAGGACCUUCGGGAUCAGCUGGGGGCCCUCCUGGGGCCAGGGCAGCAGUUCCUGCCCCUGUGUCCUGAGCACUCGAGCUGCACAGCCCUGGCCUGGCCUCCUGAGCCGCCCAAUCCCCAGCCCCUGGAGGAGAGGACACCUCUGCAGAUGCUGCAGUGGGAGCUGUGCAGGGGGCAGGAGGCCUUUGUGCAGCGGUCCCAGAACGAGCUGCAGCAGAUCCGACUGUCCUUUGAAAGGAAGAAGAUGGCCAUCACUGAGGUGUGGGAUGGUGUGGCCGAGGUACACAUGGCGCUGAACAACCAGGCCACGGGGCUCCUGAACCUCAAGAAGGACAUCCGGGGUGUGCUGGAUCAGAUGGAGGACAUCCAGCUGGAGAUUCUAGGGGAGCGGGCCCAGUGCCGCGCCCAGGCCAGGAAGGAGCAGCAGCUGGCGUGCUCAGCGAAAGGGCGGUCACAGCUGGGAUGUUCCGAGGGCCUCAAAGGCCAGCUCUGGCUGCUGGCCCUGAGGCUGCUGCUGGGCACCCUGCUGGCCUGCACCGCCGCCUACGUGUACGUGGUGGACCCCGCACCCUUCGAGGGGCUGGUGCCGCCCCUGCUGAGCCGCGCCGCCGUCUGGAAGCUCCGGGCCCUGCUCGGCCCCUUCCUGCGCCUCGAGGUGGAUGACUUCCUGCCCUUCUAGGCCGGAGGCCCAGCGGCCCCAGCGAGGAGGAGUUCAGGCGGCCGGCGCUGCCCCGGGUGCCCAGUGGCCACGCCGGCCCCUGCCCACAACACUGCCGUGCACCGUCCCCGCCAAGAGCUGCGGAGAAGGGUGGAGGCGGGGUCUGUCCUGAGGGCUGGGCCUGCAGCUGGACAUAUAGUUGUGACACACAUGGCGUGUGAGCUUGUUUCCAUGAACUGGGGGGUGGAGGUUUCUGCAAUUCCUGAGGUGCCCGGUGGAUCUGGCAGUGGGGGUCCCUC